UUUGCGCGAUGAAAUUUGCGUGGUGAUCUCUGCACAAAAAGACACGUCCAGGAAAGGAUGCUCGUGGGCACCGUGCUUACGAGCACCUGGCUGCGCGUAUCACUGCACAUGAGAUCGCCCGGAAUAAAAAACCGCCCCACGGCUGUGAGCACCGUGCCGACAUCCCGUGGCGGACGGCCGCAAGCUGAAGCAUGCACUACUCGGACAUGGCUGCUGUGCACUCGCGACGUGAGCUCAACCGAGACUUGUGGGGGAGUGUCCUGGAAAACUCCCCCUCCACAGAUCGCCUGACAUGAACUCUACACAACGGCUGUGAGCACUGUGCUUACAUCCGGUGGCAGACAGCUGCAAGCUGAGGCAUGCAUCAUUCAGAGCAGGCCGCUGCGCAAACGCGGCGCGGGUUCACACCUCCGAAGUGAGCCUCUGUCGUGGACUGUGUCACAGACUGCGGGCUUCGCAGGCGAGGCGCCACGCAGAUGAAGGUUUUCUUCUCCACCAAGGGGAUGACAACCUCCUCGGCUGUCACAUCCAUCUCUGGAGCAGGGAAAGCCUCGUCAUCUCCAUCAAUCUCCGUCUCUGUCGCAUCCAUCUCUGCAACUUGCUCACUGUCGCCCACAACGGGUACGUUAUCAAUUACAGAACGCUUCUUAAUGCGUGCACCUUGCCGGCACGAUAAAUCUGUCAAGCAUGCCUCCACGUUGUACUCGAAACUCUCGGCGACAAUGACAUGAAAAGGGCGAAGACAAAUACCUUGUUCGACGAUGGCUAUGCACACCAAUGCAUAUUGACUCGGGUGCACAAACAUCUUUGCGCCUGAACCGAGAAGCCAUUUUCGAUCAGCGCCCUCCAAAGCGGCACGACACUUGCGGAGUGGUUCUCCUUCGCUCAACGCUUUACGAAAAGCCUCGGGAUGGCGAUUGUACUCGAGGAGGUGUACAGGCUCAGUAUCUGGAUCAUUGAUGCCCGCUACUGGGUCAGCCUCGUUCAAGGCGGUCACGUUGUCGGCCAACUUGUGCUCCAGAUUUAGUGAUGCGAGCUGCUCAUCAACCACUGCUGGUGGAUCUGGAUGGCUCACCUCUUGGAUCACUGGCGGCGCCUCCACUUCAUCAUAUAUGAAACCAUCUAUUCGAGGAAGUCCCUGCUCGGCCAACGUACAAGAAGAUCUUAUCCACACAGUGACUGCGGCUGUUCAGUCGCUGGCGACCAAGAUCACGAAUACAGCGCACACGACGAAGCCUCUCGACGAGGGUUCGAACAGCCGAUUUUGCCGUUCCGUGGCGACUGCACUGCUUUAGAUAUGCACCCUCGACGUUGAAGAACGAGGCUGUGUCCUGGAAAUGCGACCACGACCCUGAUGGCGCGGGAAGUGAAAACACUGGAGAGCCAAGCUGCACGAUCAUGUUGUUCUCGAUCGGAAGCAUGUCCACGAGACGGUGGGCCGCAAUGGAGAAUUUCUCGGCAAGUACGUCGGUGCGCUGAGAGACGUCAACAAAGAGUCGCUGAGCCUUCUCAUUCUCUUGUCGGAGCACCUGGUGUACAUCACGCAUUCCAUUGCGGAGACGGUCGCAUGGAAAAUCAUGAUGAGAGCUGUAAAACUUCACCGUGUGAUGAGGACCUCGACCUGCGAAUCUCAUGAGUCGAUCCGGAUGCAGCACCCAGACGAAGCCCCACAUGACAAUACACUCCUGUGGGCAAUCGCCUCUUCCACAUCUGAAUACUGCACCCUCUGCGCGGGGGCAGGCCAUUCUUCCAUCAUUCUCGGCAACGAAGCCUGUGCGAAAACAUCCCUGGGCAAUAUUAUGAACAUGGCCGUGUGCGACCACCUCUGACUCAGUGCCGAUCAAGCCGCAAUGCUUGCACUUGUAGUCGGAGUAGUCGAAGCGAGAGCGGUACAUUAGUGCCUUCUGUAAACAACAAACUGUAGCGACGCAACCUGGUGCUAGGGGACCUCGAGCCAAGCAGCGAUGAACAGUCGCCCCAAGCAGCGAUGAGCAGAACCGUCC